AUCAAAUUUUGGAGCUUGCUUCUUGAUGCUUGGUGCUGCAUCAUCCCCUUCUUAAACUCAAAUUGUCAGCAAGGACGGCUCUUCAAAUUCUCUCCCAACUCCCAACCUGCCAUGAUAAUAAUAUCUGAGUUAAAAGGUCAAGAUAUAUAGUCAUCCUUCAAAUCUUUAAAAUACUAGAAAUAGAGUUUGGAGUGAUGGCCAGGACCGAGAGUAGAAAUGCUUUAUUGGAAACGACGAGAGAAUACUAUGAGAAUUGCCCAGGUUGUAAGAUUGAUCGUCUCAAUGAAGAGCAAAGAGGUGUCCCUUACAGAAACUUGUCCUAUAUUUGGAUCGUCUCUCUCUGCACAGCUUUGCCAAUAUCUUCACUGUUCCCAUUCAUUUACUUCAUGAUAAGGGACUUUCAUAUUGCUGAGAGAGAGGAGGAUAUUGGUUUCUAUGCAGGAUUUGUGGGAUCUUCAUUUAUGAUUGGAAGAGCAUUAACAUCAUUCUUUUGGGGGUUGUUAGCUGAUCGAUAUGGUCGGAAACCUAUUAUAUUGAUAGGGACCUCUUCAGUGGUUGUGCUCAAUGCUCUGUUUGGCCUCAGUACAAGCUUCUGGAUGGCACUUUCUAUGAGAUUUCUUCUUGGAUGUUUCAAUAGUCUACUUGGCACAAUUAGGGCAUAUGCUUCCGAAGUCUGUAGAGAAGAGUAUCGAUCUGUGGCUCUCUCAGUUGUAAGUACAUCGCGAGGCAUAGGAAUGAUUAUUGGCCCUGCUAUUGGAGGUUUUCUUGCUCAGCCUGCAGAAAAUUUUCCAAAUCUAUUUGCUGAGAGCUCAAUUUUUGGGAGGUUUCCCUACUUCUUACCCUGCCUUGUAAUAUCAGUUUAUGCUGUGGGAGUUUUGGUAGCUUGUUGGUGGCUUCCUGAGACACUGCACAUGCAUGACAAAAAGAUAAGCAAAAGAUGCGAUUCAUGUGAUGUGUUGGAAGCUUCCGCAGAGGAAUCUGAUGAAAAGGAUUAUGUUACUGAAGUCAAGGAAAGAAAAAUAUCCCAGAAAGCAAAUCUGUUGAGGAAUUGGCCCUUAAUGUCUGUCAUCGUUGUGUAUUGUGUUUUCUCUCUUCAAGAGAUAGCUUAUGCUGAGAUAUUCUCACUUUGGGCAGUUAGUGACAAAAAGUAUGGAGGGCUGAGCUUUUCGUCACAAGAUGUUGGUGAAGUUCUAGCAAUUUCUGGGUUUGGUCUCUUACUGUUCCAGCUUCUAUUGUAUCCACCAAUUGAGAAAGUAUUUGGACCUCUUACGGUGACACGCCUUUCAGCGGCUGUAUCAAUACCACUGCUAGCAAGUUAUCCUUAUAUAGCUAUGCUCUCAGGAAUAACCCUGCAUUUAGUAAUAAAUAUUGCAUCCGUCUUACGGAAUACUCUAUCUGUGACCCUUGUCACUGGAUUAUUCAUAUUGCAGAACAACGCAGUGCCCCAAAGUCAGAGAGCGGCAGCCAAUGGCAUUUCCAUGACUGCAAUGUCUGUUUUCAAAGCAUUUGGACCUGCAGGAGGUGGUGCACUCUUUUCUUGGGCACAAAAGCGACAAGUUGCUGCCUUUCUCCCAGGUGAUCAGCUGGUUUUCUUCGUACUAAACUUGGUCCAGUUCAUUGGGUUGGUAUUGACUUUCAAGCCAUUUCUAGCACAACCCCACGAGUAAAGCACAGUUUGUCGCUGCUGUACCUUCCAUUCUAGUGGGACUUGCGUGAAAUAUGACAAGAAUGAUUCACAGGAUAUCUACUUGCACUUUCUGCAACCAUAGCAAGCGAUUAAUUAUUGUUGUUUGAUGUAAUUUUAUUGCAAGGAUUGAGCUUGUAACCAUGCAAGUCUAAGAGUAGAGAUAUUAUCAGGGAAUGCUUCAACAGAAAGUAAUCCAAGAAGAGCAGGUGAAUUUUAGGGAUCAGAAUACAUUUGUAUAACUCAAUUCUCCGGUUCCUGUUUUAAUUCUUAUUUCCAUCUUCUGAGUAAA